AUGAGUUUUUCCGCCUCUCUAGUGGCUGGGACGGCAGAUCAAUGGGCCUCAUUCCCCCUUCCACUUGCUCAUCGCAGAAAGAGCCCAGAUCAACUGGAACCGUCAGUGACAACGACUCGCAUGAACAGUUUGUUUGAAGGCUAUCGUUCACCGCCUGCCACAGGAUGUGUCAUCGGUUUGAAUGUGGAAAAGGAACGAAAGCUCUCAGCACCGCGACUUCCUACGCCCUCUGCCGCGUCCAGCGCCUAUCACCAUCGCCAGCACCAUGCGAGACCACGACGGCACACUUAUGCCACGGUUGGGGAAAGAGUGGGAGGUACCAAUCAGCACUGGAGACAGCCGCGCUUUGAAUUAGCUGACGAUGCAAACACCAAAAACGCACAAUUCGAACAUGGUCAUCACACCCUACGGGCAGUACCCAACCAGACUGGUACCACGGGAGCACGCGCCUCCGAUCCCCUCAGAACCGAAAGUCGCGUCAUCACCUUCGAUGGGAAACGCAGCGCGCUUCACGAGGUGCCACCACAGAUCUUCUCGCACCACUACCACCAUCACCAGCCAAAACAGCCUACGAAGAAGACUUCACAUCGGGUUCGGGGGCUUUGCUGUUCUCUCCUAAUUCUCACAACCCUUAUAGCCUACUUUGAGUGCAGGACUGUUGCUUAA